UAAGCAGUCACUUUUUUGACGCAUUUUUGCAGUUUUCAUUAUUUUUACCUCAAUUAAAAUCAAAAUUUUAUGCGAAAAUAGCCAAGUAGAAUAAAACUAUACCACCAAUCUAGAAAUCAACAAUUAAAACAUUUUGACUAAGGAAAUUCACCCCGUUCUUUGAAUAAAGUAAAAACACCAUCAAAAUGCAUGACACUAUAAUACGCCUGGCAGAUGUAUGGAAGACCUGCAACAAGAUUCGCGCAGCGGCAUUUCGGGUUGGCCUAAACCUAUGGGAUUGGUAUCGUCCUUUGGAUCCUGAGGGGAACUCGCUCAUCUCAGAGUCAAAGUUCGUGUCAGUGUUAGCGGGUCCACUUCGCUCGGUCCUGGGCCUUUCUGAUGCAGAAAUAGCGCAGAUUGCGGACUACUUCCGUGCUCAGGAUGGUCGCGUGCUCUACCACCAGCUGUGCCAGAUCAUACAUGGAGAAGAUGCUGGAGGUCGGGAUAAGACGUCAGCAGAUUGUCUGCUGGAAGCGUGCCCGCCGCCGCCGGAACCAGAAUGUCACAAGCUGGACCAGUGGCAAAUGCGUCGCCUGUGCUGCCUGCUUGCCACUAUUGCGCAGCGCGACCUUCCGCUAAGGCCCUAUUUCCAGGAUUACGAACUUGUGGCGAAAAAUGACGGGCGGAUAACCUUCGCCCAUUUCGCCCGUAUCCUGGACUACAUCGGUGUGAUCGUGAGCCCUGAGGACUUCAACCUGCUCGUCCGCCGCUUCAUUAAGGACUCGUACACCUUGGACUACGUGGAGUUCAUCAAAGCCGUCGAGGCGGUGAAGAAAGAGGGUAUACAGGGACUUGGUCCGGCUUACAAUCACCCCAAAGCUGUAAUUGAUACGAGUCUUCCAAAGCUGGUUCGUCCAGAAGUAGAAGCGGGGAUCUCUGUAGAGAAGUUGGGACCCUCGGAGGUGUUCCACCCCGCGCUACAACCGCCCAAACCGACGCGACAGCUCAUUGAUCUGAUGAUGCGAGUUCAGGAGUAUGUAUUGCAACGACGGAUUAGAGUCUCUGAGUUCUUCAGAGAUUACGACCCUUUGAAUUGUGGUCGUAUAGCCCCUCAGCAGUUCCGCCGAGCGCUGGAUGCGACAGGCCUCGGCAGCAUCAUGUCCAACCAGGAAGCCCUAUGCGUCAUGCGUCACUACGUCGACCCAAACGAUCCUGAGCGAAUUUGCUGGAGAACCUUUGAAGAUGACUGUGAUCAAGUGUUCGCGCUAAAAGAGCUGGAGAAACAUCCAGACGUGGUACCUGGCGCUGCAGCGGAGGCAGUCGCGGAGCUUCCCCCGCGAGGGUCUGCGGCGGAACGCGGGGGACAACUAGAGCAUGAGAUGGAUCUGGCUCAAGCUGCGUUGUUACGUGUGCGCGCUGCGUGCAAGGAGCGCUCCAUCGACUUGAGACCUUCGUUUGGAGAACAUGAUGAACACAACAACGGGCACGUGUCACGUGCCCAAGUGCGGCGCGUGCUCGCGAGGCUGGGCGUGCUCCCCGCGCCGGCGCAACUGCGCGCGCUCGAGCAGCGCUACCUUGAUGACUGCGGUUUCAGCUACGUAGCGCUGCUCGAUGAGUUGGAAGACAGGCCGGUCGAGAGCGCCACCAUCGCGGGUCCGUCGGCUACGGUGCGUAGACCGCAGGCUCGCUCUGCGGUGGACCCGCGCGAGACAGACAUUGUACAGAUACUCGCUAAGAUAAAGGGAAAGAUGGUCCGCGAAGGCAUACGUCCGCGUGAGUUUAUCGCUCAGUUCGACAAGCGACGCGAGCUGGUGGUGCCGCGGGCUGACUUCUACCGAGGACUUGCCGCCGCAGGCUUGGCUCUCACGCCUCUCGAGAUGGACACGCUUAUGGAGGUAUUCUGCGCGCCGGGUCGUCGCCGUUACAUCGAGUACGACAGAUUCUGCGCAACCGUGGGCGAAGCACUGACACAGAGUGGAUUGGAACGAGCUCCUUUAUUGGAACCCAUCCCACACAUUCCCACGAUAGACUCCCCGCUCAACUACCUCAACUUCGAGGAACGGAGCGUGGUCGCUGGAGCAUUGGCCAAGCUGGCAAAAUAUCCCGAUCAGCUGUCGAACAUCCUGGAGGUUUUCAAGGAUUCGGACAAGGAGCGUUGUGGCACGAUACCGCGCAUUGCAGUAGAGCGAGCAUUGUGCCGGCGCGACCUGCUGUCGCUUGUAUCAGCUCGCGAAAGAGAUCUCAUCUACAAGUGCUUUGGCUACAGGAGAGGCUGUGGAGACGAGGUAAACUACAGAGCCCUGUGCAAUGCUCUGGACGUCCUGCAUGCAACUUCCAGGGCACAGCCAUGUUGAGUCUUCUGCACCGCACGUUUUUCAAUAAAUUAAUUUUUAAAUCA